AUGUGGCAGUUCCGGGUGAACUUCAUCACCUUGCAUUACGCCUACAUCAUCUUCUUGAGUAUCCUGGGACUGGUUGUCCUCUAUCCUUAUGGCAAUCUACGAGCGAUUGACUCCUUUUUCUUCGGGGCGAGCGCGUCUACAGAAUCCGGAUUAAACCCUGUCGAUGUGAAAGAACUCAAGACUUACCAGCAACUGUAUGUCUAUUUCAUUCCGAUGAUAUCGAAUCCUGGUUUCAUCAAUAUACUGGUGGUGGUUGUGCGGCUUCAUUGGUUUGAAAAACGCCUGAGGAAAAUAGCACCCUCUGUUCUUUAUCCAACGUCCACUUCGUCAGAUCGCAGGGGCUGCGAUAACGAUCAAGAAGCCAGAUUCAGUAAGGGCGACGAAGAAUAUGCACCAAAGCAAGAGUCUAUUCAACUAUCAAAAGAUAACACAUGUGAUGGAAUAGUUUUAAAAGACGAGAAAACCAAUGGAAGGGACCCAGACAACGAUGAUUCAAUCCAGCCCAACAACCCCCGCCCUAGUUUGAAUAAUCGCCGGAUUUCAUUUGCAGAGAAUUCAAAAGCCCUGUAUAUCCCUUCGCCCCGUGAGCGUGACAGAGGAAUUCCGAUAUUGGAGGUAAAUGAGAGGCCGGGUGUUAAUGACUUUGAGGACUCAAUCGAUAAAGCCGAUACAGAAACUGAGGGCAACCGCCGGGGAGUAAGUGGCACGUCGUCAAGUGGCUUCCCACUGGAACGUGUCGCUUCUUCUGUAUUUGUGCUUGGCAGACAACCCAGGACAUCUGAGGAGCCACGCCUUCGAAGUGCGGUCUCACUUUCCAAUGACUCCAACCUUCCAGGUCUCUCUUCGCAGGCCACUCUCGGCAGGAAUUCGCAGUUUUACAACCUAACCGACGAGGACCGAGAGAGGCUAGGUGGCAUUGAAUACCGAAGUCUGAAACUCCUUUUGAAGAUCGUGAUUGGUAUUAACACACCCUGUUCGGUUAUUAUGCUAACCCCAAGUAUCGGAACUACCUUGAUGAAUGUGGACAAAAUCAUAUCUGGUGUUAUCUGGAUCAUGUUCAAGUGUGUCCCACAUCAGUCAUCUCUCAAGGAACCGCUUGGCUUCCUCCUGAAAUAUCCCCGUCGAUGCUAUACGCUUCUCUUCCGAAGUCGGCCAACUUGGACCCUCUUCGGAAUCAUCUUCGCGCUCAACUUUGUAGACGUACUUUUGAUCGUGGUACUGGAUCUCCACAAUUCUGCAGUGAACAACCUCCCUGCUGGACCCCGAGUGCUGGCCGCAAUCUUCCAGGCAGCGUCGUCACGGCAUACAGGAACAUCGUCGUUUAAUCUUGCCGAUGUCAGUCCAGCAGUCCAGUUCAGCUUACUGGUGAUGAUGUACAUUUCGAUAUUUCCAAUCGCCAUCAGCGUUCGAGCGUCCAACACAUACGAAGAGAGAUCGCUUGGCGUGUAUUCGCUGGAUGGCGAAAUGGAUGAGAGCAACGGAAUGCAAUAUGUGAUGACGCAUAUGCGGAAUCAGCUCAGCUUCGACCUGUGGUACAUAUUUUUGGGGAUAUUCUGCAUCUGCAUUGCUGAGUCCAAUAGGAUCAUGGAUCCUUCUGAACCCGCAUUUUCCGUGUUUGCAAUUUUUUUCGAAGCUGUCUCCGCGUACGGAAAUGUUGGCCUCAGCCUAGGCUACCCCACAGUUUCGACUUCCUUUUGCGGUCAGUUCACGACUUUUAGCAAGGUUGUCGUUUGUGCUAUGAUGAUUCGGGGACGUCACCGUGGCCUGCCCUAUUCGCUUGACCGGGCAAUUGUGCUUCCCAACGAUCACCUUAUCGAAGACCACAGGGCUGACAUUCGUCCUCAUCGACCUCUGUAUACGGACAGGACUGUCGAUAAGCGGGUGCAGUUCAAGCGGUAUCAUACCAAAUAA